AUGAGAAGCCAAACCAAGAGAAAGAUUGGGAGCGAGAGUGCAUCAUCAUCGACGUCGUCGUCGCUGUUGGAACUCAGUAAGGAAUACUUUCGGAAGGUAUUUUCGGGCGAGUGGUUGAAACCUGAUACUUCUAAAUUGGCUCUCUUAACUCCACAGGAACGAAUUCAACAGAGAGAAUUUCUGAGGAAGAGAAUUAAAUGGAUGAUUUGGGGUUUCAUGGGAAUGGUGGCUUUCGGAGUGCCGUUGUUUAAUAGAUAUUUUGGAUCGAAUGAGAGUAGACAUAAAUACCAAACAAAUACAGUUCUCUACAAGGAAAUGUGUGAGGUUGAACAGUUGAAGCAAGAGGUUGCUGGUUUAAAAAAGAAAUUGAACAAUACCAAGAUACAAGAUGUUGUUGUUGACGAUGAGUACGAAGAGUAA